CUCGAGGUGCCAAGCUGCCGCGGUCGCUCCCCCAAGCCGCACGGGGGCCCUCCACUGCGUCUGCAGCUCAAGGGUUCGAAGCGGUAGGGAAGCGCAGCGGAGGUCAAGGAAUUUCAGAUUCGGUUUCACGGGUCGGUGCCACAGUUCAGCGCAGAUUCAGCACAAGUUCCUUCCCCAAGGGCCAGUCCAUUUCGAAGCGAUUGUGAGUAUUGUUGUUUUUUUGUUGUGCCGUCACGCUGACCUACUUAUCGUUUCGGAAUUGUUGAGUGGCGUCUUGUACCACGUUCCGAUGCGCGUCGUCGGCCUCAUUAGUGGAGGCAAGGAUUCGAUCUGGAACCUGCAUUAUUGCCGGCAUUUCGGCCACGAGGUUCUUUGCGUUGCCAAUUUGGCGCCUCCUGCAGGGGUCAACGAGCUGGACUCGUACAUGUACCAGACCGUGGGCUCGGACCUCAUCGAUGCCAUUGCAGCAUCGUUGGGGCUGCCUCUAGUUCGGCGCGUCAUCUCUGGAGAGCCCAAGGGCAUAUCUUCGCAGGACUACAUACCUCAAGAGGGCGACGAGGUGGAGGACCUCACUCUGCUUCUCCAGGACGUUUUGAGGGAGCACCCAGGGAUGCAGGCGGUAAGCUGCGGCGCCAUUCUCAGCAACUACCAGCGGGUGCGAGUAGAGAACGUAUGUGCGCGGCUGGGGCUGAAAUCGUUGGCGUUCUUGUGGAUGCAGGAGCAACCACGGCUCUUGCGUCAGAUGAUCGAUGGCGGACUUGAUGCGCGCAUAGUAAAAGUUGCGUCGAUGGGACUUGAGGCGCGGCACGUAGGGCAGUCCAUCUUGACCCCGAGCUUCUCGGAGUACCUCCUGGGGCUUGGCCGCAAGUGGGGGGUGCACGUCUGCGGCGAGGGCGGCGAGUACGAGACCAUGGUGCUGGGCGCCCCGCUGUACGGCGGGAGCGUCCGCAUCGUGUCGAGCGAGACGUGCGCCCACCCCGGCGGAGACCAGGACGGCGUAGCCUUCUUGCGGGUGCUGGAGGUGUCGGAGGACCCUUCUGAGGACCCGCCCGCCAGGCCUCCGUUCCAGGUGCUCGAGCCCUACUCGUCCCUGAGCUACUACCAGGACACCUUCGCGCUGCUGCGGCCGCCCUGGCCUGCCGGGCACCCCGCGCCCCCCCACGGGGCGCCGCCGUGGGUGGCGGGGCCCACGGCGGGCGCAGGAGCCGGCGGUCAGGGGGAAGGAGGCGCUCCGCCCUGCCUGGCCCGGGCGGGGCACCUCCUGGCGUCUUCGUCGCUGGACGUUUUCUCGUUGGGCCUGGAGCCGCAGGGCCGGCCAGACGAACAGUGCGACUCUGUGCUGGGGGCGGUCGCCGCUUGGCUGCGGGAUGCGCACGGCCGCGGCCUGCGGGACGCCGUGUUCGUCGAACUGCAGGUGGCCGACCUCGGCUGCUUCGAGGCGGUCAACGCGGUCUACGCGCGCCACUUUGCGGAGGACCCUCCGCCCAGGGUCUGCGUCGAGACGCCGCUGCCCGAGGGCCUGCACCUGCGCGCGCGGCUGCUCCUGCGGGGCCACGCUGGCCCGGCGGAGCCUGGGGCCUCCGGGAGGGUCCGGGUGCAGUCCAUCUCGACCUGGGCCAUGGCGUGCAUCGGGCCGUACUCUCAGGCGCUGUGGACAGGCCCGGCGUUGCUCUCUGCUGGGGUACUCGGCCUCGUGCCGCACUCCAUGGCGUUGCCUGCGGCGGAGGAUGCGGCGGCGGCGACAGUCGACGCCGAGAGCGACAGCGUCUCUGAAAGGCAGCGCCCGCGCGAGAGCGCCACUGGAGCGAGCAUCCUGCAGUGGGAGGCCGAGCUGUGGAUGCUCGCACGGUCCAUGCGCAACGUGCUGGCGGAGGUUGGCAGCGGCCUCGGAGAGGUCGCCAUGGCGCAGGUCUACGUCUCCGGCCAGUGCGAUUUCGGGGCGGUCCGCGAGCGCGUGCUCGGAUACCUGCGGCGGGAGUGCGCUUCCGCGGACCCCAUAGUCACCAUGGUGGCUGUCCCCCGGCUGCCCAAGGAUGGCAGCAUCUCGCAGAUCAACGUGACGUGCACUCCAGGCAGCACCGCGCCUGCGACGGUGCAGGUGCUGGAGGCGCGGGCUCCCGCGGGCGUGCCGGCCCCAGUGGCGGGAGCGGUCUCGUGCGUGGCCCGCGAGGUCGCGGGCGCACGCGUCAGCUCGGCGGAGUUCGUCCCCGCCGAAGGGGCCGAGGCGGCGGAGCUGCCGCCCGAGGCGGUUCGGCACAUGGUGGAGCGGUGCGCGGCGGCCACUUGGGAGGCGCUCGGCGUCUCCGCAUCGUCGGGGCCGCCGGCAGGCAUCGGCCUGCAGGCGCAGCUCGCCCUGCGGGGCCCUGGCGCAGAGCGCGCCGCCGCCGCCGCGUUGGCCGAGGCCGCCGAGGAGGCGGGCGUGGCGGAGGUCUGCGCCAUCUCCCUGAUGCCCGUGCUCGCUCUCGGGCACGGAGCCCUCGUGCGGCUGAUAGGGACCUCGGGCGGCGCGGCGAGCGGGCCGCUGGGCGGCCCGCCGGACGCUGGCGCCGCGGCCGUGCCGACACUCGCCAUGGCCCGCAGCAUCUCCCUCCGGGACCUGGACGGCGCUUGGGUGGGGCCGCGGCUGGACCUCGGGGAGGCGUCGGACGGUCAGCAUGUCGCGUGCAAGGUGCCGUGGUGGGUCACGCAUUUGUUGGUCGAUGUGGCGAGGGAGGGCUGCGACCAGCAGCCGGCGAUUCUGCGGAGGUGGCCCUCGCGGCCCGGCGCCGACGACGCCGCGGCCGCGGGGCGCCCCGUGCACCUGGCGAUGGGCGACAACGACGUUUGGGUCGACCUGCCGCGCACUGGGGCUGGGCCCGGCAACGGCGGCGAGGCCGGGUCUCUGCUCCUUCGAGCCGAGCGGGAGGAGCCGUUGAGGGGCUGGCUGCCCAGCGCCAGAGGCUACCUGCUCUCGGAGUCAUCGGUGCUGCUCUUCAUGGUCGGGCUGUGUGCCGUGCUGUGCUCGCAGGUCUCUUACGCCGCUGCGGUGCCGCUGCUCUCCGCGAUCCCUGUGGCCCGCCUCUGCCCCGAGCUCCCGCUGCUCUUCAGCCCGCGAUGCCUGAGAGCGCCGUCGUGGCUCGAGCGCUCCCGCCACACCCUGGUCGCAGCGGCCUGGUGCGUGGCCGCCGUGUCGGCGUUGCUCCUCUUCGUCUGCGCGGCGCGCGGGGACUUCGGCACACCCGCCGCCUGGUGGCCGCCAGCGCCGUCGCCCGCGGGGCGGGCCCGGCCCGCGGAGCCAGCGUGGGAGCCGACGCUUCCGAGGGUCGACUGCGCCAGCCUCGCCGGGGUGGACUGCUCCGCGCGCCUGGCGGCCUGGGCGGGCCCCGGGGCCUGCGCGGUGCUCGCGCAGACGGAGGGGACGUGCGCGUCGUUCUGCUCGCGCGCAGGCAGGACGUGCCUGCGGGCCAUGGACGACGUCGGCACUGGGGAGUGCGCCGUGGACGAGGGCGGGCACCGCCGCCAGCAGCCUGGGGAGGACGGCUGCCUUCAAGAUUGGCACACCCAGAUCUGCGUCUGCGGAAGAGAGCCACGCCGGGAGGACACGGUGCCCAUGCAGGCGGGCUGGUCGGACGCCAAGAAGGUCUGGUGCUGCCAACACCGCGGGCUUGGGUGCCCGUCGUUAGAGUCGGACACCUGCUUCGAGCUGGGGGCCAAGUACGAGCCGAUCGACAUGCCUGGCCAGAGGGGGACACACGCCUCCACCAUGCAUCACUGCCAGCAGAGGUGCGCGCGGUCGCCAGGGUGCGCGCGAUUCACCUGGUUCGUCGACAAGCAGAGGUGCCACUUGCAGGAGUACUCCGCGACCCUACUGCCUUCCGACGAGUCCGUGGCCGGCCCAGCGGACUGCGAGGUCGAGGCGGAGAUGAGGCUCGCGGAGGCGGGCGGCGGCGGGGACGCACCGCGGCCGCGGCCCUCCGAGGAGCGGCAGCGGCCUCGGCCCGCCGAGGAGCUCCGGCCCCCGGGCCGGCCCGCGGGCCGGCCCCGCCUGGCCGGGGGCAGCCUGCUCGCGGUGCUCGCCGUGCUCGCCGCCAUUGCGGUCGUCGCGGCCAGCCGGGCGGGUGCGACUGCGAAGCCUUGCCCUUCUGCCCAGAGGGAAGAGGUCAUCGGCCACAUCACUGGGUGGCCAAGCGUACUCGCCUGCCGCCCGGGGCAGCCGGAGUCGACUCGGGAGCCCCUCGAUUCGGCCAGCCUGCUGCUGGUCGCGCCGGGGGUGGCCAAGGUCCCGUUCCCCUUCCUCCUGUCGCUGGCGGGCAGCCCCCAGUGGUUCGGCCCGCUUGGGCGCACGGAGGAGCGGUUCGUUCCUGGCGGGGCGACGUACCGUUUGAAGGAGCUCUGGCAGGCGUAUUUUGACUUCGGCUCCCUGACCUUCGUCGUGGAGGUCGUGGAGAAGAUAGGCGCCGCGCACGCCCAUGCGCUGACGCAGGGCCCCACACCGCGGCAGGGGCGCGCGGCGCGGCGGCCGAGCGCGCGGUGGCCGCCCGACCAGGCCGAGGAGACGGACGCGAUGGGCACGCCCUCCGUCGACGCCGCCCUGCGGGAAAUCGAGGCGUCGCUGGCCGACAUCCAGUGGAGCCUGGCGCAGGGCCCCACGGGCAGGGCGCUGCGUCGGAAGGUGGUCAAGACCCAGUCCAGCAACCCGCCAGCUGUGACGGUGGGCAUGGCGUCUGAGGGUGCGCGAGGGCCGCCUGUGGGAGCUACGCAAGGCGCCCCCGCGCGGCAGACCCUGCGAGCCGACGCCGCGCUGCGCGCGGCGCUGGAGGGCGGGGAGGCGGCGCACGCCGACGGAGCCGCGGGGGGCGAGGCGGCGCCGGCCCCGCCGCGGGCCGCCGUGCCGAGGGCCGCCGCGGAGGCCUCGGCGCAGGCCGCGGCAGGCUUGCCCCUCGGCGAGGGCCCCGGCUCGCCGGGAGCCGCCCGCGCGCCCGCGCCGGAGCCCCCGCCGCCCGGGGCGGCGGCCGCCGGCGCCCCCGCGCCGAAGGGCCCGCGGGCCAACGCCGCCCUGCGCGCGGCGCCGGCCAGCGGGGAGAAAGCAUGGGAGCUGGUGCCCCGUGGCCCUGUGCCCUUGCCGGUCAAUGGCGCCGUGGCCCCGUGGUUUUGUCGCUACCUGGUGCGGGCGGAUAGGCACAUCAAUGUCACAUGGUUCAACGUUCCGUUGGUCGCGAGGGCGGUAGAUAGUGCCAUCGAGUAUGAGAUAGGGUGCGGCUGGGACGUGCGGUGGGUCAACAGGCGCUCCGCCGACCUGCGCCCGCGGCUGCGCCUCCUGCUGCGGCGCUCCCUGCGCACCAGCGCGCUGCGGGCGGCGCUGGCGGGGCAGCAGGCUCGCCGCAGGGCAACCGUGCUGGCUGGCCUGGAGGACGCGGUGGGCACCAGCACGGCCGCGGCUGUUUUGGCGGCCAUCGACGGGGCCAAGGUGGUGACGCCCCCGCACGCCGUGACCGCAGCUGCCACCGCUCCUGAUAAAGUUCGAUCGCCAUCGCUCCAGCCGUGAGCUCAGAGGCGUCGGGCCCGCUGCCCCUCUGCACCCCUCGUUUCUCCAUCCCACCCCAUCCCCCCUCUC